GUUUAAAAACAGUAUUAACUUUGAGAGAAGUUGUGGUGUAAAUAACAAGGAUUUUCUUGAAAUGCAAACUUUAAAAACUAUUCUGAAGAGCUGUCACUUAGAGAGCAGGCUUUUAGGCAGAUUUUUUUCUUCUUCUUCCGGAAAGUGUGGAUGUCAGCUUGAGUACUUUCACAAUCUGUUUUUAACCCAGUGUCAUUCACAUAUUGAACACUUAACUGCUAUUGGUCCAUAAAGGUGUUUGUGGCUUUUUUAUCGCUUUCAUUUCACUUCUCAUUUUUUAAAAACACCAUUUCCUGAAAACUCAGUGCAGAAAUAUAACGUACUGCAGGAAGCGAGAUGAUCUUCUUUUGCUGUAUUAUGAAGAUAAUUUGCUUCAGACAGGAGGUUUUUGGGUGCUUGCUGAAAUUUCGGAGAUCUGGGAAAAUGGGGUAAUAACAUGACACCAGCUCUUAAGCAGCAACAUCUGCUGUGGUUCAAAGCCGCACAAAGAAAGCUGCUUAAGCAGUUGAAUGUUUUGGACUGCACGGACAAGUGUGGUUCAACUGCAAAGACUGCAGAGCAGUGGAAAUUUAAAGUUUCGAGAAGUUGUUAAAAAAUGGAGUCAUGGAAGAUGAGCAUCUUUAGGAGACAAACAUCACCAUGUCCUCCGAGCUAUCGAAGAUCUUUGUCAGAACCUGAUUAUGCACAUUCAGAGAUAGGAACAAGCGUAAAGAGUUAUCCAUGGUGUGGUCCAAUGAAAAGCAAGAGGAAGAAAAAUGAACAGGCUGUUUCCAAUCUAGGAAAGCCACUGGGUGCUUAUCGGUGGCAAACACAUCCCAGCUUUAGGUGGAAAGGGGGCAAAAGGGAGCAAUUGCAAAAUAAUAAAGGAGGCUUGGAUGAACCACGACAAGAGGUCCUGCCAAAGAUGGUUGGGGAUAAUGUUUCUUCCUCUGCUAAUGAGGUCCUUGGAACAUCAAUGGAGAAGCAGAACCUGGUCAACACUCGGUCACUUCGGGUUCCAUUCAGCAGAUCUCUUUCAGAGCCAGAGCACCGCUGCAGUAUCAGAUUUGUUAGACGGUGGCCGACUUCAGUGGGGUCAAUGGAGUCUGAGCAGCAGGGAUAUUUCAUCCGUGGCAUUUUCUCUACUCUUUCCAGUGGCUUCUCCAGGAUGCUGAGUCUAAAAGGAGAAUCAACCAAUGAGCCAGUAAGAGAAGAUGUGAAAGGGCCACCUACCCAUCGUCUGUCUUGUGGCCAGUCACCCUACACCGACACAACAACAUGGGAGCGGAAGUACUGCAUCCUUACAGACAGCCAGCUGGUGUUGCUCAACAAGGAAAAGGAGAUACCUGUGGAGGGAGGACAGGAUCAGCAGACAGAUUCCACCAAAGGGCGAUGCCUGAGGAGAACUGUCAGUGUUCCUUCCGAGGGUCAGUUUCCUGAGUACCCACCAGAGGGCGCCGCUAAACUGGAGGUGCCAGCAGAAAGGUCCCCCCGCAGACGGAGUAUCUCAGGGACCAGUACAUCAGAGAAACCCAACUCUAUGGAUACUGCAAAUACCUCACCCUUCAAAGUACCAGGGUUCUUCAGCAAGCGCCUGAAAGGCUCCAUCAAGAGGACCAAAAGCCAAUCAAAGCUUGACCGAAACACGAGCUUUCGGCUUCCCUCCCUUCGCAAUACAGAUGACAGGUCUCGUGGGCUGCCUAAACUAAAAGAGUCACGUUCCCAUGAAUCCCUGCUGAGCCCAUGCAGUGCAGUGGAAUGUCUGGAUCUUGGUAGAGGGGAGCCCGUAUCAGUGAAGCCACUCCAUAGCAGCAUCCUUGGACAAGACUUCUGCUUUGAGGUUACCUACUUAAGUGGAAGUAAAUGCUUCAGCUGUAACUCUGCUUCAGAGAGAGAUAAGUGGAUGGAAAACCUUCGCAGGACAGUUCAACCAAAUAAGGACAAUUGCAGACGAGCCGAAAACGUUCUCCGUUUAUGGAUUAUUGAAGCCAAGGACCUUGCCCCUAAAAAGAAAUAUUUCUGUGAACUGUGCCUUGAUGAUACCCUCUUUGCUCGUACAACUAGCAAGACCAAAGCAGACAAUAUUUUCUGGGGUGAACAUUUUGAGUUCUACAGCCUUCCACCUCUUCAUAGCAUCACAGUUCACAUUUAUAAAGAUGUGGAAAAAAAGAAAAAAAAAGACAAGAAUAAUUAUGUAGGGCUAGUCAAUAUCCCUACUGCCAGUGUGACUGGUCGCCAAUUUGUAGAAAAGUGGUACCCAGUGAGUACACCUACACCCAACAAAGGAAAGACAGGAGGACCUUCUAUUCGGAUUAAAUCACGUUUCCAAACUAUCACCAUUCUGCCUAUGGAGCAAUACAAAGAAUUUGCAGAAUUUGUCACCAGCAACUACACCAUGUUGUGUUCUGUUCUUGAACCAGUAAUUAGUGUGAGAAAUAAAGAAGAGUUGGCCUGUGCCUUAGUGCACAUUCUUCAAAGUACUGGCAGAGCCAAGGAUUUUCUGACUGACUUGGUGAUGUCUGAGGUGGAUCGUUGUGGAGAGCAUGAUGUCUUGAUCUUCAGAGAGAACACCAUUGCCACCAAAUCCAUUGAGGAAUACCUCAAGUUGGUGGGACAACAGUAUCUUCAUGAUGCAUUGGGGGAGUUCAUCAAAGCUUUGUAUGAGUCAGAUGAAAACUGUGAAGUGGAUCCCAGCAAAUGUUCAUCUAGUGAACUGAUAGACCAUCAGAGCAACCUGAAAAUGUGCUGUGAGCUGGCUUUCUGCAAGAUCAUCAACUCUUACUGUGUUUUCCCUCGUGAGUUGAAAGAAGUGUUUGCAUCCUGGAAGCAGCAGUGCCUGAACCGCAGCAAGCAAGACAUCAGCGAGCGGCUCAUCAGUGCCUCGUUGUUUCUCCGUUUUCUGUGCCCAGCCAUCAUGUCUCCCAGUCUCUUCAACCUCAUGCAGGAAUAUCCUGAUGACCGCACAUCUCGGACUCUAACUCUCAUUGCCAAGGUCAUCCAGAACCUGGCCAACUUUGCCAAAUUUGGUAACAAAGAGGAAUACAUGGCAUUCAUGAAUGAUUUUUUAGAACACGAAUGGGGUGGAAUGAAGCGCUUUCUUUUGGAGAUCUCUAAUCCGGACACCAUCUCAAACACCCCAGGCUUUGAUGGUUACAUUGAUCUGGGCCGAGAGCUUUCAGUUUUGCAUUCCUUACUGUGGGAAGUAGUUUCCCAACUUGAUAAGGGUGAAAAUUCCUUCCUACAGGCGACCGUGGCAAAAUUGGGACCUCUCCCUCGUGUUCUUGCUGAUAUUACCAAAUCUCUGACUAAUCCUACACCAAUACAACAGCAACUGAGACGCUUCACUGAGCAUAACUCCAGUCCAAAUGUCAGUGGAAGCCUCUCCUCUGGGCUGCAGAAAAUUUUUGAAGACCCUACUGACAGUGAUUUGCAUAAACUAAAAUCUCCAAGCCAGGACAACACAGAUAGCUAUUUCAGAGGGAAAACGUUAUUGCUGGUUCAGCAAGCCUCCUCCCAGAGCAUGACUUACUCUGAAAAGGAUGAAAAGGAAAAUAGCCUUCCUAAUGGCCGGAGCAUCUCCCUCAUGGACCUUCAGGACACUCAUGCCGCCCAAGUGGAGCAUGCGUCUGUCAUGCUUGACAUGCCAAUGCGCCUGACUGGAAGCCAGCUUUCCAUAACCCAGGUGGCCAGCAUCAAACAACUUCGGGAAACCCAGAGCACUCCCCAGAGCGCACCCCAAGUGCGAAGGCCCCUGCACCCAGCCUUGAACCAGCCAGGCAGCCUCCAGCCCUUGUCAUUCCAGAACCCUGUCUAUCACCUCAAUAACCCAAUUCCAGCAAUGCCAAAGGCCUCUGUGGAUUCCAGUUUGGAGAACCUAAGCACUGCUAGUUCCAGGAGCCAAAGUAACAGUGAAGACUUCAAACUCAGUGGACCCAGCAAUAGCAGCAUGGAAGAUUUCACCAAACGUAGCACUCAGAGUGAGGACUUCUCCAGGCGGCACACUGUGUCGGACAGACACAUACCUCUUGCUCUGCCACGGCAGAAUAGCACGGGGCAGGCCCAGAUCCGAAAAAUGGACCAGGCUGGGCUAGGUGCCCGAGCCAAAGCCCCACCAUCCCUGCCACACAGUGCUUCCCUACGUAGCACCGGGAGCAUGUCACUGGCAUCUGCAGCUCUGGUGGCCGAACCUGUGCAAAAUGGGAGCCGGUCCCGGCAGCAGUCCUCUUCCUCCAGAGAGAGCCCUGUUCCCAAAGUGAGAGCGAUCCAGAGACAGCAGACACAGCAGGUUCAGUCACCUGUGGACUCUGCCACAAUGUCCCCAGUAGAGAGGACAGCAGCCUGGGUUCUGAACAAUGGGCAAUAUGAAGAAGAUGUAGAAGAAACCGAGCAAAAUCAAGAUGAAGCCAAGCAUGCUGAGAAGUACGAACAGGAAAUUACUAAACUGAAGGAGCGCCUGCGAGUGUCCAGCCGGCGGCUAGAGGAGUAUGAGCGCCGGUUGCUGGUGCAGGAGCAGCAGAUGCAGAAGCUGCUGCUAGAGUACAAGGCCCGGCUGGAGGACAGCGAGGAGCGGCUGCGCAGGCAGCAGGAGGAGAAGGAUAGCCAGAUGAAGAGCAUCAUCAGCAGGCUAAUGGCUGUGGAAGAGGAAUUGAAGAAGGAUCAUGCUGAGAUGCAAGCAGUUAUCGAUGCAAAGCAAAAAAUAAUUGAUGCACAGGAAAAACGGAUCGUGUCGCUGGAUUCGGCCAACACCAGACUGAUGAGCGCGCUGACCCAAGUGAAGGAGCGGUACAGCAUGCAGGUCCGCAAUGGCAUCUCCCCCACCAACCCCACCAAGCUUUCCAUCACGGAGAAUGGAAAACAUGCAAAUACCGAGAUCCAAACAAAACAGUUUAUCCCAUUGAGCAACGAAGACUGGUUCUGGAUGGACAGCUAUCUGAUUUGGGGAUACACUGUUCCAGAGGACACAGAUAAGAGCUGUUGUAUCAAAACUGGACUUUCAGAGUGAUUUCUAUUGAACUCCUGUUGCUGUUUAUUUCCUUCUGUCUGUAGCAGACGGGAAUUUUCCAUUUUAGAUAGGGGGCUUUUUUUUUUUACCCCAGCUGUAAUAAAGGGUGUUCUUCUUCCUCUUUAGAGUUUACAAAACUAUAAAUAUUUGUGUCUCUAUAAACCAUCUGCAUCUUCACACCCACUUGCCCUUUCCUCCCCCAUGGUGGGAGCAGUCAUCACCAACAGGGUUUACUCUCCCCUGGAGAGGUUAUUCAAAUAUGCUGUCCAUAAGCCAUCCGAAAUAAACACCCUUUCUUCCAUACAGAAAAGGGCUAACCAUACCAUACCAUGGCAGCAAUCUCUGAAUAUUUCCUAUCAAAAUUUUUUUCUAUUUGUAAGUUAUAAUUUUGGUUUGGGAUAAAGAUUUUACCCAGUGUACUAGCAGAUCUCUGGGCAGGGUAAUUUUAUCUCAGUCUUUAACUUUUAAAUUGCUUCUUCCUCUAAUCCCCUCAGUAAAAUUUGGAAAAGAAAUCCAAAUCUGAAGCAUUGCUCUCUUAAAAGUCAUGAUUACUCUUAAUGAAAAAUAAAAUACUAAAAGUGGGAGGACAGCACAUUCCAGCUGUUAUUCCCAUGCUCUUUGUAGAUUUGGCAAGAAUAACCCAGUUUCACUAGCUGUCAUCGUUGGCUUUAUUGUAGGACAGAUUUAUUGUAGGACAGAAACAGUCAUGGAAGCUAAGUUACUUCCUUUUUUCCAGAGGUGUGAAAUGUCAUCUUGAAUGCAACCUUGAUUAUCAGAAGUAUGGAAUGUUACAAGUUAAACAGAUAUUAUAUUUACAAGUAUAUAUACACAUAUACUCACACAUAUGUACAUAUAACUGCACAAAUAGGAAAAGUUCCUGCCUUCUAUGCUGUUGGAUAUAAUGUUUAAAGGGGUUAGAAUCUCUUUAAGCAAGAUCUAAGCAAUUGUUUAUAUUGAGAAAGCAACAACAUUUCUCAAGUAAGUUAAUGAUGUUUAGUUGAAAUUGUAAACCUUAAGGAAUUUUUUUUUAAGAAGGAAAAGGAGAAAGGAGGGGGAAAAAAAAAACACCUGAGGAAGCCAUAGACCUGGAGUGAGUGUUUCCACAUAGCAGAAUACUUAUAAGGAGACGAGAGAACAUUUAUUGUGUCCCCUUUUGGGUGAAGCCCCGAUAGAGACACCAAACCUCCAUUCCCACCGCACCCCCAGGCUUGCAUUCUGACCUCUUAAGCACUGCCCUCAGGUGGGUCUUUGUGUUGGGCCUUGCAUCUCAGCAACCUCACCAUGGUCCCCAGCCCACAACCUUUUAAAACAUUUCCCCUUCGUAACACUCCUGUUUCUGCCAGUCAGAGAUCUAAAUCAGGAGCUGCCCAGUGUGCUUAUCUGAUCUGCAGACUUCAUGCCCACAUGUAUUGGCACUUGUGCAUUUUCUUGACCCGUGAUCAUUAUUUUACAAAUUCUUCUCUCUUCCCUCCAAGCUGAGGGCACACUGUGGCCAAAUGACUUAUUUUAAUAGGAAAGAAACAUCACCAAUUCUGAAGUAGUGCUUCGUGUUUGGGGAGAGGGUAUGUAAACAUAGGUCCGUUCUUGUUUGUGGCUAUUUUCAGCUCUAGCCAUUCUUUAUAAAAGUCUUCAGAAAACCUGGUAAAAGAAUGGUCAGUUUCAGUGGCCUUAAGUAUGUAACAUGGGUGAUGUCUUACACGGAGGUUUGAAAGCUCUCAGGUGGUGUUUACGGAUGACAGAGGACUGAUAAACUAUAUUGGAGGGUUGGAGGACACAAAAUCAAAUAUGUUUUUGAUGGAUGCAGUACAUCUUGUCAGCAUUAUGGGAGCUUCUUAGAGGGCUGCCUACUUUGGAAGAUUAGAUGCCCAAAAUGUUUGGAUAGAUUAUGCAGCCCUCUAUUAUCAGGUUAUCUUGAAUGAAGAGAAAAGAGUAAACAAAUAAUAAAAUUAGAGGUAAGCUAGGAGUUCAGUGUAGUUGCCAGAUGUUAAAUUUUAGAUUAUCCUUUGAACCUAUUCCUGUCCGAAUAUUUUUCUGAGUAUUUCUUUAGAGAAUGCUGCAGUCUAUAGAACUUAUUCUGAAAGAUUUUUUUUUUUAGUAUGGAAAAAGUCAGCAACAGCUGAUAAUUUUUAUGGAGGUAUUGCUUAAUUGGCUUUUCUUCAGCCCAGAUAAGUGCAUACCUCUCUUGCUGGGAGGAGGUGUAUGGUUGAAGAGAAGUGGGUGGAUUAUGAUAGCAUGUCUUGCACUCCUUCUGACACCCAACAUGUCACCACAUGGUGGGGUGCAGCAUAGACCAAGGCUGAAUGGAAUUUGGAAUUCCCGUGAAGUGCUUGCAAAAUGCUUGUCCAGAUGACAACCAGAUUUGGCCAUUAACAAGGACAAUGUUGGUAGGAUUUAGGAAAAAAGCUUUAUAUUUCCAUUUUAUUUUCACUGGAGCAAUAAGCUUUCUGAGCCAAAGCAGCAAAAAGGAGUAACAUUUCCUUCAAGUCAUCACAUUACCUGAGUCUCUGCAAUACAAGCCAUGAAGGAGGGGAGAUUAUAACUAGGUAACAAUGACAAACACUUGAGCACUUACUAUGAUCCAGGCACUAUCACCAAGAUACUGUUGGGGUCCAGGGCAGUCUGUUGUAAGGGAAAUGUGGUAAAAUGAGGUCAUCAUGCUGCUGUAACUUUGCCCUUUCACUUGGCAUUGAGUUGGUCAAAAUUAGCUUUCUCUAGUCUGCUUCUACCUUUCCCUUUCCCUGUAAUGGUGUUGCACAGUGAAAGAAAAAGUAGGAUUUCCUGUCUAGGACUGCUGUAUGCCCUUGAGAAUUAACUUGACUUUAAAAGUAAAGCUUUUUAGAUCUUAGUCUAUUUAUGGAUCUGUAGCUCUAGCGACCCUCGUUUCUCACUCUGUCCUCAGAGGCACACUGGGUUGAGAGCAGUUCCUUUUUGGAAGCUCCAGAGCAAGACAGUUGCCAUCAAGUGAGUUUGAUUACAAUUUGUUCUGCCUUCCAUCUAGGUUUAGUUCCAGUUACGUCCAGUUUGGAGUUUCUGAGAAGGCUGGUUGUGGGACUGAACUUGGGGAAGGAACCCUCCUUGGGAUUUACCUAAGGCCCAUGUGACCCUGACUAGAGUUGACACCAGACUAGGCUUGUCACUGGGCCUGACUCAGCAGCUCUGGAGCCCACACCAUAACUUCCCUGUGUUUUCACCUUUUUGGGGGGGGUGGGGGUCACCGUCUACAGAUUAUGGAAAACCAAAAGGGCUUUCUUCUCCAUUCCCCUUCCCUUUUUCAAGUCUGAUAGUGAAGUCUCCUGCUCGCUUCAACAGUAAAUGGUUGCCUUCCCACCCCUUACCUGAGGGCCAAGAAUUUGGGAUACUUUGUUUUUAUCAAUAUGUCAAUGGAAGGGACCUAUUUUGCCAGUUUGUUUAAAAGCAAGAUAUGUUGGGGUGUUGAAUUUUUAAAUAGAAUCCCUUUUUGUGUCUGAGUGAUUGUUAUUAGUUCUAGAAGCAUUCUGUCAUGACCCAGUUAGGAAUGCUCUUGAGUUUAGGAAGGACAAAAGUGAUGAAAUUUGCAUGAGACAGAAUAAAUAUCUUAUGAGGAGUGAAAGAACCUGAGGAAGAUACAUGAUCCAAAAGGGGACUAAUGCACAGCAGCCUUCUCCAUAGCCCAAUGGUUCAAGGCAACAGGAGGAUUUAUAUCCUUUGCCCAAUCUCGAAAUACGUAGAUAUAUAGAAAGGCCAUUUCUGUAGACAACAUGUGGGUACCCACACAAAACACACGAUUCCUAGGGCUUCCUUUUUCUGAAUGUUAAUCCAUCUUAUAGAGCAGUGAUUCCCAAACUUCCUUGAGAUUUUUUAGAUUUUAUGCUCUCCUUUGUUAGAUUUUAUGACAGUGGUUCUUUCCUCUUUAAAAUGUACCAUAUGUGUUAUAUGUAUAUAUAAGUUAAAGUGACUUGAAAUUUGGCUUGACAUUGUCUCAAGAACCCUAGAUAUCAUUAUUGAUACCUUGGGGAGUCACAGAAAGAAAGUUGAAUAUCACUGAUGCGGCAGUAGGAUACAGAAAGAAAUAGCUUUGGUUCCUGAUCAGUUAAUCCUCAGGUGUUUGAGGAACCAACCCAGCAAGGCUUGGCGAUGAGCCACCCAAGGAAAGCCAAGUGGUCGUUUGUGUCCAGAUUUCAGCAUGCAUUUUAAUUUCCUAUUCAGUUCUUAUUUUUCAGUGCCCUUGUUUUUCCCUAGGAAAUGUUUUAGUUUGGGAUUUAAAACCAGAUAUAUCUGUUGUAGAAAGAUUUCCACAGAAGCUGUGUUUUAGGGGCCUCGAUCAUCUGUGUGGGGCUACAAAUAUUUAAGAAUAACUAUCAUAUUUAUGUCACUUCUAAACUCCCAAGGGAAAAAAUUCAAUUCCCUGUUCACCAAAAGGUUAAAUACUAAUUGACCACUAUCCUGCAGAAAAUUUGAAAUAAAUAGUACAGGUUAAAUUUUGACUGGUGCUUAGACAUUUCCUAGUUACAUUAAAAUUAACUCAAAGCAGACAGCAGCCCAUUAACCUGAAUCACACCUGUGAGGAACUUCUAAAUUUGAUUUUGUUUUUCAUCUCCAGGGCCUUAAUAAGAGUGUGUUAAUACACAUGACUAUUUUACAAUGAUAGCUCUAAAUAAUUUAUUUUUUAUUUCAAGAAAGAGAAAUACACAUUAGAAAAACAAAACCCAAGAUUUUAUUUUAUUUUUAAAGCCAUAUUUUUGUGCUAGUGGCACUUAGAUUGUUCCAUAUGUGAGAUCCAUAUCUGCAUUUCAUUACCUGGGUUUGUUCUAAAAGAAGAUUUAUUUUUGUUCUGUGAAUAAUUUUUGACGGUUCUUGUACAUGUACAGAUAUAGAUACGUUUGAGGUCUUUUAUUGAUAUUCCUACAAAGAAUACAAAUAAACUUUAACUUUAAACAUUUCAGACUAAAGUUGCUACUGUAUUUGACAUAUUACUGUUUGACUUCUAGCAUGUUAUCUGGGUGAUUAGGACACUUGGAGAAAAACCAGAAACAAAAUGUAUGCAGGAACAUUAUUCUGAAGGUAUAUUUUAACAUUAAGAACAAUGCGUCUUAGAAUUUCCCAAUUUACAGGUAAAAGUAUUUAGCUGUAGGACAAAGAGCUAGCAUUAACACAUACUGUAUUGUAAUAACACCCUUAGAGAGCUCGUCAUUCUGGAGAGUUGGAAAUCUCUUUACUAGCUUGUGACUGGUGAAGAAAAUGUCCUCCACUUUAUUGAAAGUAUGGCCCCACUCAGCUCUCCAGACCAGUACUAUCCUCUCUUAAUUCCCCAAUAGAUUAAUGUGGUUUGUUUCAGGAUUUUUGUUGUCUAGUUGGGGUUUUUUGUUCUUGUUUGCUUGUAAUUCUCGAGGUUAUUUCCAAAUACCCCCAUCUUCUGCUUUCCUUCAUUCUUUAAAACCCCAGGAUGCAGGUCCCAUAAGUAGUUUUCUUACAGGCUAAGUAUAGGUCUGAAAUUCCACCAGUUAGCCUCUUCACAUAUCUAGUGACUUCUACUUCUGUUUUACUAUGAAUUAAAAAACUAAAAUUCACUCAAAAUCCAGAGAAAAUUGUGUGAGGAGACUCCAGGUCACAGUAGAUGUGUGCUAUUUUUUGUUUACUUCAAAGCCAACCCAUUUCAAUCUGAAUUGCUCAUGACCUAAUGUAAGCUUUAAGACUUCUUGGAUCUGAAACAUCAAAAAGAGAGAAACUGUUGUUGAUGCUAUCUUGUAACCUCCUAGUCAUCUUAGCCCUUAACUGUCCACCCUUUAUGUCCAGCCAUACCCUUUAUUUUUCUUAGCCUCCCUGCAGCUACCUGCCUUUUGUCGUUAGCACCUUCACCAAUAGGAAAGUACAGAAAUCAAGUUUGUUAGGUCACCACCACCACCCCCAGCACACAAAAAAUGUUUAAUGACAAAGGAGACUAAAACAAAUGACAAUCAGGGAUUCUCAGUCUUGACUGUUCAUCAAAAUCACUUGGGAUCUUGAAAAAAUCAGAGUAGAGAUGCCCCUUUAGACCCACCAUUGAACAAUUAAAUAGUAUCUCUCUAAAGAUUGGGGCCGGCUUUUUUUUUUUUUUUUUUUUUUUAACCUUCCCCACAGGAUUCUAAGUUCAGAUAGGGUUAACAACCACUAGUCCAUAUCUCUCUCUGAGCACUGUGUGAGUGUCUGUUACAAUGUUUUCUCUGUUCCCAUCCAUGGAACUGGGAUAAGUUGGCUAUAGGUGUUUUGUUUGCCUCCUAUUUCAAAUUUUAUCAGUAAAUGCUACUAAAGCUGAUAAUAUACUCUACCUUGUCCCCACCAAUUCCAUCCUUUAUAUCUGUGAGGUAGAAAUCCUCUCCAUUAAUAUGAGAUAGCUAUAUUCCAACAAAAGUGACCAGAAGCUGGAACUCCCCAUCUUGACCCCAAUUUUCCCAUUAUUGGUUUUAAUUUAAAAUAAAAGGUAGAUGGUUUCUGGUUUGGUAACCCACCCCUGCCAAAAAAAAAACGGUUCUUGACUUUUGUAGACUUAAUACUCAGCACUGCAGUCUUAUUACUUGAACUUUUACUAAAAAAUUUAUCAGAUGCCAAAUUGCAUCAUUUGCACCUGCUCUUCAACAGCAAAAUGCACCGAAAGCUCUCCAGUUCCCUCCCCGCUACCUGGCAGGCAUUUGUGCAUGCAUGCGGACGGGCGCGCACACACACACACACACACACACACACACACACACACACACACACACCCCUGUUCUUCCUAGAGACUUCAGUUUGUGAGAUUUUAGAAUGAAUUGCCUGGGUGCUAUUUCUUUGGCCUAUGAGUAAAUUGCAAUAAGCUACCAGAUUAACGCCAAUCAGUUUCCUUGUCUGUAAAAUUGUGGUUUUGGCUAGAUGGGCUAUGAGGAACUCUCUAGCUCUGACAUCUUAUGAUUAUAAUCUGAUAUCACUGAAAAAUGUGCCUUUAGGUCAUAUUCAAAAAUCAGCUUGAGGCUUUUGUCACAAUAUUUAGGAAUAAUUCUUCCUCUUCACAAUCUCUCAUCUCACAAUACUUUAAAAAAAACAAGAGGG